ACCUGUUUGUAGCACUGAUACUGAUGAUGGACAUGGUACUAGCAUUCCCUACUAAGGAUAUGCCGAAUAAACACAACCGAGUGAAGCGUAGUUUUAUCUCAUCAUUUUUUUGGAAAGGUUCAACUGAACCCCCAGUGGCGGGCACAAACAUCAACGAGUCGAUCGAAAAUUCGCAAACAAUCUAUGCCGUUCCAAAACCUGCCAAUUCCAACAUUCCUCCGUCGUUUGUACCUGUGUUACCUGUGCAAUAUUUCGUUUCCCCUAACGGGCAGCAUUUUAUUGCAGUGAAGCCUGUCAGUAUUUCGGGACCUAACUGGUUAACAGAUAAUUUAAUCGAGAAUCCCAAAUCACAGACACCAUCAGGGAAUCAACUGAAUCUUACUCCGACAGAAUUAUCUGAACUGAAUCAACUAGCCCGAAUGGUUGGAGUGAACGAUGUUAACGAUCUGCCUCCACUAGAAGAUGUUAUGAUAUUGCUAGGAACAACAUCGAAAAGCGAAACCAUUAAAGCGAUUCGUGAUUAUGCAUCUACUCCUGGUGGAUUAGAAUUGAUUAAAGACUAUGUUGCGAGUUAUCAACCAGUCAAAAGGAUGGACAUCGGUGGAGCAGGACAGUUCAGUAAUGCUAUUAACAGUGAAGACCCGUCUCAAGGAAAAUCUAUGAGCUCCCAAACAUACUCUCCUGAGGGAUAUUUACAAAUAAACACAGAACAAUUUACCGAUCAAUCUAACAGCACCACACCGGCCCCUAGCCCAGGAUUUUUUGCAGGUCUUCGUUCGUUUUUCUCGUUCGGAUCUUCCACUGGUACAAACAAAGAAACUGAAAAGGCUUCUGAACCUAUUGUGCCUAGUGGUACUAUGAAUAUACCUGCAAUUGGAGCGAACUACAUUCCGCACUUUAUCAUUCCAAUGCAACCGCUGGUUGGGCAUGAGCAUUAUUACAACUACGUACAACCUGACUUUCAAGGAUACCAGAUGACACCCGCCAUUCAGGAUAUGAAUCCGUUCGUGCUGAAACCAUACUCACCGCAAUAUGUGUCUAGCACUGCAUCUCCCUCCAAACCAUUAGAUACGCAGCGUAACGAAGCGCACAUUAAUUUUGAAGACACACAUAAGCAGGAUGUGCAAGAUAAAUCUAGCAUCGUAGAGCAGCGUCCUAUCCGAGUUUCACCAUCGGCGGAAUCGACUGGCAAAAUUCAUAAGAGCAGGCUGGACGAAGCAGAUUUAUUAAUUGUUGUGCCGCCUUCAAUAAUGGAACGGUCUGACACAGCCAGUAUCAAAAGCACUACCACUACUAUUGUCCCAGAAAGCACAACCGUUGUUGCUCUAGGAGAGUCUACAACACCAAUUAUAAAGGACAAUUGAGCCGGCGGUAGUGGCACUGUUCAGUAUAAGUACAAUCCGGAACAUUUGCAAUAA